GUUGUCAACACGUCAUACGUUCCGAUCGUUGCCUUGCCGCUCUUUGAGUAAAGGUCCACGAAGCAACAUGAUGCUUAUGCAGCGUAGCUCCGUUCGCCCGGCCGGUGGCCGCGGUCGCCGUGCUCUGACUGUCCGCUCAGUUGCGGCUGCAGCUCCUGCGACAAAGUCGGUCUCUGGAACGAUGAACGCACUGAAGGCGAAGGGAAAGGUCGCCUUUAUCCCCUUCAUCUGCGCUGGUGACCCCGACCUGGACACCACUUCCCUGGCGCUGCGCAAGCUGGAUGAGGUUGGCGCGGACGUGAUUGAGCUUGGCGUGCCCUACUCGGACCCCCUGGCUGACGGCCCUGUCAUUCAGGGCGCUGCUACCCGCGCGCUUGAUAAGCACACCACGCUCGACAAGGUGAUCGAGAUGGUGCGCCGCACCGCACCUGCGAUGAAGGCGCCGCUGGUUAUGUUCACCUACUACAACCCCAUCAUGCGGAAGGGCCUGGACAACUUCGCCCGCACCAUCAAGGAGGCUGGCGCUGCAGGCCUGCUGGUGCCCGACCUGCCUCUGGAGGAGACCGUGUCAGUGCGCGCAGCGUGCGAGAAGGCGGGCAUUGAGCUGGUGCUGCUGGCCACGCCCACGACGCCGCAGGCGCGCAUGCGGGCCAUCGCCCAGGCCAGCCAGGGCUUCGUGUACCUGGUGUCGGUGACCGGCGUGACGGGCAUGAAGGAGCAGGUGUCGGGCCGCGUGGAGGGGUUGGUGUCGGAGCUCAAGGCCGUCACGGACAAGCCGGUGUGCGUCGGCUUUGGUGUGUCUCGCGCGGAGCACGCCAAGCAGAUCGUUUCGUGGGGCGCCGAUGGUGUCAUCUGCGGCAGUGCGCUGGUGAAGGCGCUGGGCGAGGCCAGCUCUCCGGCUGAGGGCCUCCAAGCUAUGGAGAAGCUGGCGCGCGAGCUGCGGGCGGCCACUCCGUAGGCAGGGCGUUGACCGGCUGCAAUUGCCAUGACUUGACUCGUGAUUGACCUGCGCAUGCUUAAGCGGAGCAACAGGGAAUGAACCAAUGACUGUCGACAGGAUGGAGAGGCAAGCAAGCGAACGAUGUGUGUGUUUCUGUGUAUGACAGUCCCUAUGAGCAAGGGACGGAGUGGAGGAACGGGCUAAGAGCUGACUAAGACCCGCAUGUAUGGCCGUGGAUAAGGAUUCAUACUAUCAGCGUACGGAUACGUGGUGGCGGUCCUGCAGGCGACGGGGUGCUGUGAGCAAAAACGGUUGUGGUGUGCUGGCAUGUGCUGUCCUCUUGCCAGAGCUGUGAGCAAAAACGGCUGUGGUGUGCUGGCAUGUGCUGUCCUGUUGCCAGAGCAGGCAGAUGCUACCCAUGCGGAGUGCACAAUGUAACGGUUUCGGUAU